UUGGCCUUUUGGGUAGCCGGCCGGCCGGCCACCUUUACCCGUACGUUCGGCUUUCACCGGGCCGAGGUGCUGGCGGCCCUGGCCAAUGCGGCUAGCCUGUGGGCCAUUACCAUCUGGAUCGGGUUUGAGGCUUAUGACCGGCUCACCAAUCCCCAGGAAAUUCAAGGCGGGCUGGUGCUGGUCGUCGGCGCAGCCGGGCUGGUGGUUAACCUGAUAGUAGCCUGGGUGCUCUUGCACUCUUCGGGACAUAGCUUGAAUCUGCGGGCCGCCUUGCUGCAUGUUCUAAGCGACUUGAUGGGUUCUGUGGCCGUUCUGAUCGGCAGCAUCUUGAUUUUGGCCUUCGGCUGGUACAUAGCUGAUGCCAUUCUCAGCAUCUUUAUUGCCGUUCUCGUUCUGAACAUUCCCACUUACUGUCGCCGGAAGCCGGCGGCCGCUAAAGGAAGUCCUGUCUUGCCACGCCUGAAGCUUGCCUCACUCCUCAUCCCUCUGUGGGUUAUUAUCUUGUUGCUCGGCGUUGAGGCGGAUGCCGCCUUUGCUCAAUCGGCGGAACAGCAGGAAGAUAUCACGGGCCCGGUUCGAAUAGACCGAAAGGUCGUAGCGGGUGGCUAUGACCUUUUCGUGGAAGCUGAGGCCUCCAACCUUUCCCUGGGGACAGCCCUGGUCAGCGUGGCCGUGCUAAACGCCGUUACGGGCGAACCCAUUCCCGACGCCCGUGUAGUUAUCCAUACCCGCCAUAUCGGCAGCAGCGAAACCGGAUGGGCUAGCGCGCUGCCUGUGCCGGAACGGCCCGAAAUUUACCGGGCGCGCAUGAAGCUGGAAUAUCCUGGCCCUUGGGACUUUAGGGUAGAAGUUGAUGGACCACUGGGCCGUGUGGAAACCCAGGUCGGGAAACGGACGCAGGCGAUGACACAAGACGCCCGUACGCGAGAGCGAUACAACGGGCCCAAACCAGUCUGCUUCAAGGGUUGGGUGCUGACUGCGUUGGCUGUUGCGGUACUUUGGCAUCUUGUUAUCGGAGCCUCCGCAGCCUAUGCCCACGGCCGCGUUGCCCCAGGCGAUAACCUCUGGCUGGCCUGGAAUACGGCAAACCCUUUGCCUACCUUGUUCCUCUUUCUUGCUGCCUACCUUUACAUGAACGGUUUGGGGAAGCGGGAGCGUCCCAGCCAUCCCGUUUCGAUCUGGCACAGAAUUUCCUUUUUCUCCGGCUUGUUCGUCAUCUUUCUAGCCCUGCAAUCGCCCAUCGACCCUUUGGCGGAGCACUAUUUCUUUAUCCACCAAAUACAACAUCUGCUGAUCCGCAUGCUGGGCCCGCUCCUGAUAUUGCUUGGCGCCCCUCUCACUCCGAUGCUGCGGGGGCUUCCCCUUUGGGCUCUGCAGGGCGGUGUUCGCGCUGCGAUUCGGCAGAAAUGGGUGCGGAGUGCAUACCGUCGAUUUACCAACCCGGCGGUGGCGGUAGGCAUAUUUAUGGGGGCCCUUUAUAUCUGGCAAGUCCCGUUCCUGCACGACACGGCAGUACGAAAUGAUUACGUGCACGAGGUCAUGCACGUUUCCAUGCUGUUUUCCGGGUUUCUUUUCUGGUGGCUGGUCAUCGACCCCAAGCCCCACCGUUCCCGCCUGCACUACGGGCUACGAGUGCUUUACCUGGGUCUGAUAGUGCUGCCCAAUACCGUGCUUGGCGCGGGUAUAGCCUUUUCCACGGGCCUGUUGUAUCAGUCCUACGCCGAGGUGGAAAAACCCUUAAUGCUGAGCGCCAUAACCGAUCAACAGUUGGGUGGCCUCUUCCUAUGGGUGGUCGGAGACAUGAUGAGCAUCGUUGCCGCUGGCAUAGUUAUGAUAAUGUGGUACCAGCGGGAACAGGAAAAGGACCGACUGGAGGCCGCCCAGAGAAGUAAUCAGGCUCGCCCAUAA